CUCAGGGUAGUCACGCAAAGAUUGCUUUGGUUGUCUGUAAUCGCCCUUGUUCAUCCGCGAUGUGAUCUGGGACGCGUGCAACAGCUCGCAAUAUGCAAUUUCCUAUGUACCUUGUGGCUCAGCAUAAUUCGAUCAUCCCAGAUAUGCAGAACAUAAUUUCAGGAAGCAUAUCACACCCCGAAGAACGAUUACAGGAGCUCUACCGCAAGAGGCGAGGCCAAGUUGGUCUCUAUUCUCGUUCGACAAUCUCAGGCGCAUAUGCCAUCUCAGCUGUCCCACAUCCUCAUGUAUCCCGCUCGAAGCCUACAGUACCUGUUCAAGUUGAGGGCGUGUUGGAGCCUUCGACAGACGUCUCGGCAGAGCAACUUCAAACUGAGACUGUCAGUCCCAGCGCGACUGGGUUGCUCGGAUUUCCUGAAGACCAUGCCGGGAAUGAGUGGAUAUACCUCUGGAAUGAUUCAGUUGCACAAUCUGUGCUAGACACAGAACAGCCCACUACUCCGGAGCCCGAAGAUCUUGCUACAGACGAAGACGCCCCGCCAGAUGCGUUAGACAUGGACCAAGAGACUUUUUUGUGCCCGGAUGAUACGACUAGUCUUCCAAGGACACACAGCUUAAGUCAAGCACAGCACCGUUCAGUCAGUCCAUAUUCCCCAUCGCCAUCACUACAACACGCUCUGGGUAUAGACUGGACUUCCAUCUACAAAGGCUACUGGGGUAACAAUUGCUUGUCUGCACUGCAUCCGAUUUUCCAAGACAUCACAAUACUCAGUCACCAGGUGCCAGCUGUGGACGAUGCAAUUGUCGCUCUGGCAGCUUGCAAUCUUAGCCGAGUAUCACCUCAAGCUACACCAAGUAGAUCUGACGACAAUUCAUAUCAACCUCACCCAGAGCAUUGGGCCUCAAGCAAGCGACAUUAUGGCUCAGCGCUGAAGGCGAUUAGAUUUCUCAGUGAUAACGCAGCUCAAAGCACGGAUCCGCAAAUCACAGUUGCUAUCUUGGUGUUAAUUUCUUGCUUGGAGGCUUCCGUAGGAAAUGCUUUGGGUUUUCAUGUCUUUUCGCGAGGAAUUGCUGAGACUAUAGGAAGGCUUUCAACCGGACUUAAUGUGAACUCGCCCUUCUUGCCAAUGUUAGCGGCAUGGAUGCAGACACGAUAUCACACUUGGUGGAUCAGACUCUAUUUCAGCACGUUUAGCUUCCAGUUGGAACAGUCUUCCCUGUCUGCUCCGGCUUUUCUGGAAGAGAACGCCGAGCUAGGCAGUGUACGGCGCGCAAUGGUCUUGUCGAACCUCUGCGAGUCUCAUCGGCUGCAUCAAAAGAUGCUACUUGGAACGUUUUUUCCCAUCAUGGGGCAAGUCUUUGUCUCUCGCGAGAGCACUCACUCUGUGAGCAAGUGGUACAAGACUGACAUGUAUCGAGAAUUGCUUAAUCUCCAAGCCGUCAAACUCGAUCUUUGGGAGGAGAGCUUGCCACUUGAAGAAUUACCCGCAAGUCUAGAUGGUGAAGCUCAGUACCUCAUACCAGAAGGCUUGCUUGUCAUGCCCGUGCAAUUUUCAUCACACCACGCCGCGAUGAACUAUGCCUACUACAUCUCGGCUCGGCUGAUGCAGGAUGCACCAAUCGAUCUGAGUGGCGAGCACAUUACAGAUUCUGAUCAUUUCGUGUUCUUGCUCCUUCGCGUCGCUGCAGGUAUCAGUCAUCAGACAUGUCUUCGCGAGAACACCUAUACCAUCGGAUUGUCAAGUUUGCUACUUGCCGCAUUGCUGCACACAUGCAGCCUGGACAUUGGCCUCUGGAUUGAAGAUUGGCUUGAUGGCUUCCAAAAACUUGGCCAGACUCCCGCUCUCGAAGAGGGAAGCUUUCCUCUGGAGCAAAUUUCUGUCGUUGUUUCCGUCAUUAAUCAGCAAAGACGUCUCGGACGUAACGUGUUUGCUAUCUCCCAAGCUGAGGAUGACGGUGGCGGUAGGGGAAAGGCUCAGUCAUACCACAGCCAAGAUAUCAAGGUUGUUUGGCUGCACGGCCGAGAAAGAGCGAAUGGUGCGCUCUUUCAAGAGCCUGUCCGGUUCGGAUCGUGAGCGGUUGUGAAUCCUACAAGGGUCGCAGAGAAGCUGCUUGACACGUGGCAAUCAUAAACUCUUUCUCGACUGCGCAAUCAGGAAAUAUCGCGUCACUGGCAAGCAUGAACGCGAAUGUGAACACUACCUCAGUGUUCACUUGUAUAAAGAGUCGUUCUCGUGACCUCACCCUUGGCUUCAACUUUUUGCAAAGCCUCAUGUGACGCCACAUGCUGAUGGACAUGCUCUCGCUGUGCCAGCAUGUGUUGCCAGGCGCUGCUUGACGACGAGAUAUAUAUAUCCGCUGCUCACGCCCCGAUUGAAGGUUACCCAGCUUCCUUUUCCGACGACCGCCAGCCUAUGCGUAAGCCUGCACUGGCUACUUUCCCC